CAGCAAAGUCCUUACAAAAGGUUUUCAGAAGUGAACCUACCUGGUGGAAGAGUCCUGCUUGGAUGUGUUUUCCUCCCUUUAAUCAUAUCGCAGUUUGGUUAUCUGGUGCAACAAUCGCACCGGUUCUAGGCUCCUUUAAUUGAUUUGAUUGCGUUAACUGAAAUUACUUGGUUGUGUUUAUUAUUCGGUGAUAUCGUGCAGCCAAUGUCAUGCGAGAGCCGACUGAAACGCUGGUCUUUCUGUCAUACAUUUUGGUCAAGACAUUUAAAAUAGAAGUUCACAUAUCCACUGUUGGGAGGUCAGUGGAGCUUCCGCAGUUGUUGGGGAGAACACUGGAUAUGUUGCAACUUCCUGUGAACUUAAAACGGCCCGCGGCGACAGGAAGGCCGCAUGGACGUCACCAGGUGCAUCGGAUCACCGCAGGAGGUAGACCGGCAUGGAGGAGCGUCUCGGGGUCCUACCGAGGGACGUCCAGCAGGUUCCUACCAGUGUUCUGGUCUGUCCUUGUAAUGUGUAGAUAUGCAGGCUGUGCUAAAGUGUAGGCCUAUACCUACAGUCUGUCAUUCUAACGUGUAGAGUCUGUCCUAACGUAAGGACACACGGAUUGUCCUAACUACCGUGUAGAGUAGACACACGGAUUGUCUUCUAACGUGCAGAGCAGCUCUAGUGGCAGUAGGCCUACCGGCUGGGUGGUUAUUUUCGGGGUUUAUAAUUUGGGGCAGAUGUGAUGGUAAAACUGAAUUAGCCUAUUCAAUUAAUCUUGGACCAUAUUUAACUGGUCUUGGAUAAAUUGUGGUUUUAUUAUAAAUAUAAUUUAUGCAUGUCGAUUCUGAGAUAAGAUGUUUAGGACACUUUAAUACUUCGAAACGAGACGUCUGGUUAAAAAAAAUCGUUCCUUAUUGGCUUUGUGCGCAUUAGUAAAAACAAGUUUGACAGUUUGAAGUGCGUUGUUGGCUUCACAUGCUAGGCUACAGGACCGGUGUGCACGUGGAGCUUCCACCAAUCCGCUCUCAGCUGUCAACGCGGCAGCCAAUCCGCCUCGGCGGGAGACGAGGUAACUGACGGCGUUGCGUGGUUCAAUCCCCAGAGUUGCCGUAGAAACAUCCCGAACUCUUUAACCGGAGUUUAUCAUGAGCUUAUCAAGCCAUGACUAUCACCGCGGGUUCUCUUCUGAUCGGUUGUUCGCAUGCUAAACACGAGCUAACGCUAGCGGCUAACAAGUUGAAGGUUAAGUGACUACUUCCAACUUAAAAAAAAGAAGAGUGAUCGUCGUAGCUGUCUGGCUGGAGAGAGCUGCUCUCCGGCAUGUCCAGCGUGAAGCCGCCCCCUAGGAACCCCCCGCCCCCCGCGGUGCAGCACCCCCGGGGCCCGGGCCCCGGCAGCGGCGAGCUGCAGUAUCUGGAGCGGGUGGUCCUACGGACCCUCUGCCGGCACCAGUUCUCAUGGCCCUUCUGCGAGCCCGUCGACGCCGCCGCACUCAACCUCCCCGAUUACUACACCAUCAUCAGCAGCCCCAUGGACCUGCGCACCAUCAGGCAGCGGCUGCAGAACCAGUACUACUGGAACACCAUGGAGUGUGUGCAGGACUUCAACGCUGUGUUCAACAACUGCUACAUGUACAACAAGCCCGGAGAUGACAUUGUGGUGAUGGCCCAGACCCUGGAGAAGGUCUUCAUCGAGAAACUGGCCCUGAUGCCCCAUGAAGAGGAGGUAGAGGUGGAGAAGGAGAAGAAGCAGGGCUCCGGAGCCCUGAAGCGCCGCGUCCCGGAGUCUGAGGUGGUCGUCCAGCAGACGCUGACCGUGAUCCCGCCGGGCUCUGUGCCCCGCCCCCUCCCGCCGGUCCAGAGUAAAGCCCUCCAGGACAGGAAGGGCGUCAAGAGGAAAGCCGACACCACCACCACCGUCGCCCCCCCGACGGCGUCCCCUCCGACCUCGACGACGGCCCCGGGCUGCGGCGGCGGAACCCCGCCGGGGCGCGGGGGCGGGGCCAAGAGGCCCAUCAGGCCGCCCAGCAGGGAGGUCCCGGACUGGACGGCGGGGGGGCGGCGGGCCCGGCUGCCGUCGCCGCUGCGGUGCUGCGGCGAGCUGCUGAAGGAGCUGAUGUCCCGCCGCCACGCCGCCUACGCCUGGCCCUUCUACACGCCCGUGGACGUGGACGCCCUCGGCCUCCACGACUACCACCGCAUCGUCACGCAGCCCAUGGACCUCGGCACCAUCAAGAAGAAGAUGGCCAGCCGGGAGUACAGCGCCCCCAAGCAGUUUGCUGCCGACCUGCGCCUCAUGUUCUCCAACUGCUACAAGUACAACCCCCCCGCCCACGAGGUGGUGCAGAUGGCCCGCAGGCUGCAGGACGUGUUUGAGGCGCAGUUCUCAAAGAUGCCCAAGGAGGAGAGCAUGCUGCCCUCCGACCAGGCCGUCGUCAAGGACAACGGAGGAGGAGGAGACUGCAAGGUGGAGCACGUCUCCAGCAGCAGCUCCUCCUCCUCCUCCUCCUCUUCAUCGUCACAGAGCUCAGAGGAUGAAGAGGAAGAAGAGAAGGAGGCGGUGAUGGUCCCCAGUCUGGCCAUCCUGGAGGAACAGCUGAAGGCCAUGAGAGACCAGCUGCAGCUCUUCGCCCAGACGCCCCUGAAGACCAAGAAGACGUCAACACGCGAGAAGGAAAAGAACAAGUCCUCCAGGAACAAGGUCAAAGUUCAGAGGAGCUGCGGUGCCAAGGGGUCCGGUCUGCGUGGCAACCAACCGCAGCGCCUGGCCCCGGGGGCGUCGGCCUCGGAGGAGGAGGCGGUCCCCGUGGCGACGGUGCCCUAUGAGGAGAAGCGGCAGCUGAGCCUGGACAUCAACCGGCUGCCGGGGCAGCGGCUGGGCCGGCUGGUGGACCUCGUCCGGCGCCACGAGCCGCACCUGAGGGCCUGCGGCCGGCGGGAGAUCGAGAUAGACAUCGAGACGCUGGCGCCCGCCACGCUGCGCACGCUGCAGGCCUUCGUCGCCCGCUGCCUCCGCAAGCACGACGCCAAGACCGCCGCUCCCACCAGGCCGGUGAAGCCCGAGGGCCCCACGCCGCCGGCGGUGCCCCACACCGCGCCAGAGGAGCAGCGCUCGGCCACCAAGAAGAAGAGGAAGCGGACAGAUCCUCUGGACCUCAGCCAGUCGGCCCGGUUCUCUGGGAGCAGCAACGCCACCUGCUUCUCCUCCUCUUCCUCCUCCUCUUCCUCCAGCAGCAGUGGCUCCAGCUCCUCUUUGGAGGGAACUGACACAGAAUCAGUGCCCAAACCCAAGCAGCGGAGCGCUAAAGGCAGCUCCCGGAAGGCGCAGAGGAAGGCCUCGCUGAAGGUGGCUGCUCCGAGGAAGACGCCCUCCGGGACCAGAGACCUACUGAAGGCCUCCCUGAAGAGCUACCGCUCUGUCCUGCGACGCCCGCCCACGCAGCCAAUGAGAACCCAGUCUAUCAGAGCUCACCCCCAGCAGCCAAUCGGAGCUCGACCCCUGCAGCCAAUCAGAGCUCACCCCCAGCAGCCAAUCAGAGCUCACCCCCAGCAGCCAAUCAGAGCUCACCCCCAGCAGCCAAUCAGAAGCCUGUCUUCUGAGCCAAUCAGAAGCCUGUCUUCUGAGCCAAUCAGAAGCCUGUCUUCUGAGCCAAUCAGAAGCCUGUCUUCUGAGCCAAUCAGAAGCCUGUCUUCUGAGCCAAUCAGAAGCCUGUCUUCUGAGCCAAUCAGAAGCCUGUCUUCUGAGCCAAUCAGAAGCCUGUCUUCUGAGCCAAUCAGAAGCCAGCCACCUGAGCCAAUCAGAAGCCAGCCACCUGAGCCAAUCAGAAGCCAGCCACCUGAGCCAAUCAGAAGCCAGCCACCUGAGCCAAUCAGAAGCCUGUCUUCUGAGCCAAUCAGAAGUCAGCCACCUGAGCCAAUCAGAAGCCUGUCUUUGAUGCCAUUCGGAAGCACGGGUGCUCAUCCCAAAAUAAGUCAGUCUUAUGAGCAACUGUCCCUCUCUCCAGACCUGUCUGCGCUCCUGUCCCCCCUGGCGUCCCCGGCUCUGGGUCUGGACCCCGUCUCUCCCCGACCAGAGCCCCCUCCUCUGCUGUCCCCGCUCCAGGACAGCCCCCCCCCCAUGGCACGCCUCAGGCAGGCCGACUCCAGACGCGACUCGGGGUCCGACGGCGUGCCCCCUGGCUCCUCCCCCCCGGACGGGAGGCCCCACCCAGCCAGAAAGGAGGCGGUGCUGAAGAACGUGGAGCUGUGGGCCGCUCUGGUGCGGCGGGCGGCGGGGCCGGGGGCGGCGGGGACCGGGCCGGGGGCCCCCGGCGCCCGGUCCUCCAGGGACAGCUUCCAGAAGUUCAGGAGGGCGGCGCUGCAGAAGGAGGAGCGGGAGAAGGCCCUCAGGCCGCCGGAGACGCCCGCGUCUCCUUUCUCGCUGGACUCCAUCUUGGACCCUCCAAAGCUGUCGGACUCAGCUGUGACGGAGGCUCCAGCACCGACGGCAACGCAGCAGGUGGCCGCCGCGGCUCACCUGGACCAGGAGAGGGAGAUGGCUCGCAGGAAGGAGCAGGAGAGACGCAGACGACAGGCGAUCAUCGACAUGACGAUGCAGAGCGACAUCAUGUCAACGUUCGAGAAGAACCUGGAUUAAAGCGAGCGUUAAACUUCACAUUAAAGAGUUGUGUUCUCUCUGAGUGGAUUUCUAGGAGGAACCUUUCAUCUCAGUUGGCUUUACGCCAAGAGGAGUCCGGAUGAAAGUUUAUAAGGUUUCUCGUCAGCGUGACAGUUCUGAUGUCCGCUGGCCUGUGAUUGGACGGCCGUGGGUCCUGCUCCCGGCCCUCAGUUUGUUUCCUGGUUUGUUGUGACCUUGGUCCCUGUGUGACUCACGAUUUGUUCUGUUGAAAGGCCAAACAGAGGGCGAGCAGAAACGUGCGCUAUCAUUUACUGUCCUCAAAUCUUCUGUUUUUGUAAAGAAAAAAAUAAGACUAUCCAAGAGCCUGUUUUUGUUGUAUUAAGAGUCUUUUUGUUCGUCUAACAAGGUUUAGUUCUUGUAAAGAAUUGAAAAGCUGUAAAUUAAAUAUACCUAUGUUGAUCAACAUUUCCUAAAGCACAAUGUUCCAUUAUUUUUGUUAGUUCAGUAGUAUAUUUUAUCCAGAUCGGUAGUCUGGAGACAUUCAUCUUAAGAGAUGACCACCAUGAAGGUGGCUUUGAGAACGCUGUGACCUUUGUUUGAAUUUCAAACCUUUACUGCAGAUGAUUGAUAAUAAUAAAAUCUGAUUAUGAAGU